AUGGCUAGUUAUUGCAAUACUCUUUCCUCUUCAUUUUUGGCGUCCUCGUCUUUCCCCCAAAAUCAAUUUGUAUUUUGUUCAAAAUCUCAUAAGAAAUUCAUCUUUAGAAAAGUGGUAUCGUGCCACAACGUUGAAGACUCUGAAACCAGUGGCCAUUCAGAAUCAGAAUCGAGGUUUAAGAAGUCCCAUUUGAAUUUAGUUCGUCUAUCAGUAAGCUUAACUGUAAUUUCAGCUUCUCUUUCCCAGCCCUCAUUAGCUGCUCCCGCAAAAUUAUCUGAAAAGAAACGGACAGUUAAAAAGUCUGAGGCUUUGACUCCUCAAGAGCUGAGAAAAUGGUCUCAAGGGAUUCCUGCUGUGACCCAUAGGUUGCCCUAUAGUGAAAUUAUCUCCUUGAAAAGAGAAAAUAGACUUAAGCAUAUAAUUAAACCCCCUAAUGUUGGGUUUAAGCAAAGGCCUGAGGUUGUUUUGGCUGUUUUGGAUGAUUCUAAGGUUGUUAGGGUAGUGUUGCCUUCGGUUGAUGGAGACCCCAAAUUUUGGGCGGAAUGGGAUGAAAUGAAACUUGAUGAAACCUGUAUGAAUGCGUAUACCCCCCCUUUGAAGAAGCCUGAGAUCCCUUCACCUUAUUUGGGAUUUCUGGAGAGGAUCCCUUUAUGGAUGUUUUCGCUUAUCAAACCUAAGCCUCAGUCAAAGAAGGCAUUGGAGCUGAAGAAGAUGAGGGAGGAAUUUCAAAGAAGGAGGAAGGAGGAACUGGAAAAGAUGAAGGAAGAGAGGGAGAUGUUGGAAAAAGCAGCCAAAAUGGAGAAGAAAAUGUUGGAGAGGAGAAAGAAGCAGGAAAUGAAAAGGAUAAAGUUUGAAGAAUCGAUGCGCAAAGCGCAGAGAAGGUCUGAGGAUAUGUCAAGGUUAUGGGAUAAUUUAGCUAGUGAUCCCAAUGUAGUCGGAGCUCUUGGGAUGUUUUUCUUUUUCAUAUUUUACUAUACUGUUGUUUUGAGCUAUAAGAAGCAUCAGAAGGAUUAUGAGGAUAGGCGGAAGAUUGAGAAGGCUGAGGCUGAAGAGAAGAAGAAGAUGCGGGAGUUAGAGAGAGAAAUGGAGGGGGUGGAGGGUGAGGAUGACGAUGAGGAAGGAGCUACAGGAGAGCAGAAUCCAUACAUGAAGAUGGCAAUGCAGUUCAUGAAGUCUGGUGCUCGUGUUCGAAGAGCCCGAAAUAAGAGACUUCCACAAUACUUGGAAAGAGGUCUGGAUGUGAAGUUCUCAGAUGUUGCAGGACUUGGAAAAAUACGGGAAGAGCUUGAAGAGAUUGUCAAGUUUUUUACCCAUGGCGAGAUGUACCGCCGGAGAGGAGUUCGAAUUCCAGGGGGAAUACUUCUCUGUGGUCCACCUGGGGUGGGGAAAACUUUAUUAGCAAAAGCAGUGGCAGGUGAAGCUGGUGUCAACUUCUUCUCAAUUUCUGCAUCUCAGUUUGUGGAAAUAUAUGUUGGUGUCGGUGCUUCGCGUGUGAGAGCACUCUACCAAGAAGCAAAGGAAAAUGCUCCAUCUGUUGUCUUCAUAGAUGAAUUGGAUGCUGUUGGGAGGGAGCGUGGUUUGAUUAAGGGUUCUGGUGGACAAGAACGUGAUGCUACUUUGAAUCAGCUCCUUGUCUGUUUAGAUGGAUUUGAAGGUAGAGGAGAAGUCAUCACCAUCGCUUCAACUAAUAGACCAGAUAUAUUGGAUCCAGCACUUGUGAGACCGGGACGAUUUGAUCGGAAGAUUUACAUACCGAAGCCUGGGUUGAUUGGUCGCACUGAAAUUUUGAAGGUUCAUGCUCGUAAGAAACCAAUGGCUCCAGACGUGGACUAUAUGGCUGUUGCCAGUAUGACAGAUGGAAUGGUUGGUGCAGAGCUUGCAAAUAUUGUUGAGGUUGCUGCUAUUAAUAUGAUGCGUGAUGGAAGGACUGAGAUAACAACUGAUGAUUUGUUGCAAGCUGUACAAAUGGAAGAAAGAGGAAUGCUGGAUAGAAAAGAAAGGAGCCCGGAGAUUUGGAAGCAAGUAGCAAUUAAUGAAGCAGCAAUGGCAGUAGUAGCUGUGAACUUCCCCGACCUCAGAAAUAUUGAGUUUUUAACCAUUUCCCCUAGAGCUGGAAGGGAACUAGGAUAUGUCCGGAUGAAAAUGGAUCAUGUCAAAUUUAAGGAAGGAAUGUUAAGUCGCCAAUCACUCUUAGAUCACAUCACUGUUCAAUUAGCACCGCGUGCAGCUGACGAGUUAUGGUAUGGUGAGGGUCAGUUGAGCACAAUCUGGGCGGAGACCGCAGACAAUGCUAGGUCAGCUGCUCGAACUCUUGUUCUUGGUGGUCUUUCUGACAAACAUCAUGGUUUGAAUAACUUCUGGACUGCUGAUCGAUUAAAUGACAUCGAUUCUGAGGCGUCACGGAUCAUUGAUAUGUGUUAUGAACGAGCUAAAGAGAUCCUGGAGCGGAACCGAAUACUUAUGGACACGGUGGUUGAUGAACUGGUUGAGAAGAAGAGCCUGAGCAAGCAAGAGUUUUUCAAAUUGGUUCAGUUGCACGGGUCGAUUCAACAUAUGCCUACAAACAUAGUUGAUAUCAGAUCAGCUAAGCGUUCGCAGUUGCAGGAAGAGUUAACCAGACAUAAUAAGAAGCAACCAACUGUGGAAACAGUAUGA